AUGUAUAUUCUCGAGCAACUGGCGCGUCUGCUCGACCGCCCAUUCUUCCCAUGGAAAAAUGUCCUCGUGGGGUUCUCUCUGGGACAGUUUGUGCUAGAAGGACUCUUGUCUUUCCGUCAGUACAAGGUCUUGCAGCGGACGAAACCUCCCCAGGUCUUGGAGGGCGAGGUGUCGCAGAAGGUUUAUGAUCAGAGUCAGGCUUACGGUCGCGCCAAAGCCAAGUUCGGUUUCUUUGCAGGUCUUUACAGUCAAAUUCAGAAUCUCGCGUUCAUCUACGGCGAUGUCCUCCCCAAGCUUUGGGGUGUCAGUGGUCUCUUGUUGGCACGGUAUCUUCCAGCUCGGUUCCAGGGUGAAAUUGCCCAGACACUCCUAUUUCUCUUCGGUUUCAACUUGAUCAGCACGGUUCUAUCUAUCCCGGUUUCGUACUACAAUACGUUCGUUCUUGAGGAGAAGUUUGGUUUCAAUAAGCAGACCGUCAAGCUCUGGGUCACGGACAUGCUCAAGGGUCAAAUGCUGGGUAUCGUGCUGGGAACUCCGAUCAUCAGUGCUGUUCUCAAGAUCAUUCAGAAGACUGGCAACUCAUUCUUCUACUACCUCUGGAUCUUCGGUAUCUUCAUUCAGGUCUUUGCCAUUACAAUCUACCCCAUCGUUAUCCUUCCUCUGUUCAACAAGCUGUCGCCCCUGGAGCCCGGCCAAAUCAAGACGGGUGUUGAGAACCUUGCCAAGAAGCUCGAAUUCCCUCUGAAGGAGCUGCAUGUCAUUGACGGCAGCAAGCGCAGUGCUCACAGCAACGCCUACUUCUACGGACUUCCCUGGAAGAAGCACAUCGUCAUUUAUGAUACCUUGAUCGAGAAGAGCGAGCCUGAAGAGGUAGUCGCGGUGCUCAGUCAUGAACUCGGCCACUGGAGCCUGAGCCACACUACCAAGCUGUUCGGUAUCGCCCAGUUCCACAUGUUCUACAUCUUCGCGCUAUUUUCUGCUUUCGUGAACAACAAGUCCCUGUACCAGUCAUUUGGCUUCCACAGCCAGCAGCCCAUUAUGGUCGGAUUCCUCUUGUUCUCCGACGCCCUCGCUCCCAUGGACGCUGUCGUCAAGCUGCUAAUGAACAUUCUCAGCCGCAAGUUUGAGUUCGAGGCUGACGCCUUCGCUGUUGGACUUGGAUACUCUGAGGAACUAGCACAGUCUCUUCUCAAGCUCCAGAUCCAGAACCUCAGCACUAUGGAUGCUGACUGGAUGUACGCAAGCUACCACUACUCUCACCCUAUUCUUUCGGAACGCCUCAAGGCGCUUGGCUGGAAGGGCGGAAAGGUCACCAACCUCAAAGAGGAAGACAGCGAGAAACCGGUCAAGGCCGCCGAUCGCGAGCUGUGA